AUGACAGGCUGUGACACGAAAAUGGUAAGGGGGUCAGGUGAUCCCCGAAACUUUGGACAAAAAAAAGCAUUGGAUGCCCGGUCUAUCCUAUUAUUCAAUGAUGUGCUAAUGCAAAUUAUUGGUGUAAAUAAUAAAAUUAAUUAUUUUCUUUAAUAUAAAUAUAAAGCGGUUAGUUCCUCCAUUUCGCCACAAUGUGACGCUAGCAUUUGUCACCAUGAAAAACAGACAAAUUUUCAUUUGCGAAAAAAGUGGUUGUGAAUUGAAAAAUGAAUUAAAUUGUUUUCCCAUUCAGAAUGUUUCUUCCAAAGCCUCAUACGCUCAAGCUGCUCAGCAAUUCUAUAUACGAGAAAAAGCAAUUAUAUUAGAUUCCACUGAAGGUUCUUCGAUUCAAGAAUACAUUAUUGAAAUUGGCAACUUAUCUGUCGAAUGUCAGAUUUAUAUUCUCAAGGCCAACUGUUUAUACCAGGAUAGUGAGCACAUAGCUGACAUGUUAAUUGACAAUUAUACGGAAGUAAACAUCAAAUCUCAUUCCCUGGAACUCAUUUCUAAAUCCAAAUAUUUCUGCUACAUUGUUACCUUAGAUAAACUACAAGUUGAAAACAUCACAAACUGUCCUGCUAUCCCGAAGAUGCAUCAAGAGAAGGCUUACUGACUUCAACUCUUACAACAACUUCUUUUACUGAUUUGAAUGCUGUCAAAUAUGAUAGAUAUGGUAGAUGUAAAGCAGUCGUUUCUACCAAAUAAAUGAAGAAAUCCAAAAUAGCUAAUAG